GAGGCUGCUGCAGAUUUCUGCUCUCCGAAGGGGACACAGCAGGUGCGAGUCCCGGUGACUGCCAUUACCUUUUCCUCUGAGAUGGCUCCACAGGUCCCCAGCCUCCUGCUUGCAGCAGCUGUGGUGCUGACGGUGCUGAGCAGCCCGGGGGCCCAGGGCAGAGACACCUCAAGGGAUUCCGUGUUACAGUACAUGGGCCUGUGCUACUACACCAACGGGACGCAGCGCAUGCGGAGUGUGUCCAAAUGGAUCUACAACCAGGAGGAGAUCCUGCGCUUCGACAGCGACGUGGGCGAGUACCGCGCCGUGACCGAGCUGGGGCGGCCCACAGCCGAGUCCUGGAACAGCCAGAAGGACUUCCUGGAGCAGAGGCGGGCGGACAUAGAGACGGUGUGCAGACACAACUACGGGAUUUUUGACAGCUUCAUUGUGCAGCGGAGAGAGCAGCCAAGGGUGGCCGUCUACCUGACCAGGACAGAGGCCCUCAACCACCACAACCUGCUGGUCUGCUCGGUGACUGAUUUCUACCCAGCCCAGAUCAAAGUGCGCUGGUUCCGGAACGGCCAGGAGGAGACGGUGGGGGUCGUGUCCACGAAGCUUAUUCAGAACGGGGACUGGACCUUCCAGAUCCUGGUCAUGCUGGAGAUGACUCCUCAGCGGGGAGACGUCUACACCUGCCACGUGGAGCACCCCAGCCUGCAGAGCCCCGUCACCGUGGAGUGGAGCGCACAGUCCGAGUCUGCCCAGAGCAAGAUGCUGAGUGGCAUCGGGGGCUUCGUGCUGGGGCUGAUCUUCCUCGGGCUGGGGCUGUUCAUCCACCACAGGAGUCAGAAGGGAGCUCAUGGGCCUCCUCCAGCAGGGCUUCUGCAGUGAUUCAUGAGAGUGUUUGAUGAAAUUGGCUGUUGCAUCAUAAGGUCUAUAUAUCCCUACCUUCAGUUCCCAUCUGUGCCAGCCUGCCUGUCCCUCUCUGAUUCAGAGUCUAGCAUGGGGUCAGUGCACUCAACAGCUCAGUUCUUGUGACCCCCAAUGCCCCAGGCUCUGUCUUUGGCUCUGCUCCUGGGAUGAUUCCAGAACUGCAGCACAGUCUACUGAGACCCCCAGGCCUUCUGUCUUCACUCUCCCACAAUACUUCUGAAAAGAUGUGCUAACGUGUUUGCUUCUUUUAAAAUUAAACAUACCUUGAAUUAUGUGUA